CUAAAAAACUAUUGUUUACAAAAAGUAAAUAUUGUUCUUUCCACAGCUGUUUGCGUCUAGAGAGUAAUUAAAAAGCAGAAAAACAUUUAUUCGCUGCAGUUUGGAAGCAAUUAACUCUUUGCCGUCAUGAUGAACUCGGAGAUGAGCAGCAGCAUGCACUCAGGGCGCCCGGAAAGUGAUUUCAGCAUCGAGUGCUUUCAAAACUAUACCGCCCCGGAAGUGUUCGUCCAAGGGUUGGCUGGGUUGGUCAAUCAAACGGACGUGGAAGUUAUGAUACGAGCGCAGAAGCAAAUGUUGCAGCGUUUUGAGAAAACGAAUGAAAUGUUGCUCAACUGUAACGCGCUAAGUGCCAGCCGACUGAAGAUAGCUACGGAUGAUUUUAAAAAGCACACGAAACUGCUGCAUGACAUGAAGAAAGAUUUGGAUUACAUUUUCCGCAAGAUACGAACGAUCAAGACGAAAAUCGGCAAUCAAUAUCCGGCGGCAUUCGCUGAGGCGGAAGCAAAAAAUAAACCGAUCAGCUUUGACGAGGAAGAUGAAAUUGAUACCGCCAGCCGGGCGGAGACGUUAGAUGAGAAAACGAACCAUCCUGAUGAGGCAGCGACGUCAUCAACUCCGGUUAAGACGGCGUCUGCUGGUAAAGGGAAAGGAUCCGCUAGCAAGACGGACACGGAAGGCGCCGUGAAGGAACGGAAGAAAACGCUCGCCAGUGGGAGCAGGGAAAACUCUACCGUGGGGUAUGUGAAAAUGGAGCAAAGUCCUGAAAAUCGGAAAACCGGUGGCGGUGGGUCGAGCAGCGGAGAACAGAAGCGACGUUCGUUCCGAUCGGCGCAAAGCAGCUCGACAGAUAAUUCGAACGAUUCUUCGGAUUGUACUUCUGAUACGGGAUAGCCAGGGAAGGGGUAAAACUAAAACGAACCAUGUUUAAUUAUUCGUUCAAUUGAUCUCAAUCGUUUAGCUGACGGCGGCUAGUGCAGCUUUGGCUCUUACGUUUAUGCUAAAGUAGGUUAAUUUAAUGCUAACUAUUUAUCUCUACAAGUUGGACAUGACGAAUUGAUCAGUGUAAACCAAUAGGAAAAAUAGAAACAAUACAUAACAUUGCGCAAGUUAAAGGGAGCUUUAUUAUAUCGUAUAAUCUAUCUGCAAUAAAAGAAGUAAAAACAA